UGCAGAGGACGGAAUAGACGACGACGAACGCCGCCCGCCGCUGCCGUCGUCUGCAUCGCCUGACGGGCGGCCGCUGCCGGCUGCUGCGGCGAGGUUGGUGCCCGACACGAAGGGGACGACGUUGUGGGACGGCGCCGUUGACGAUGUUGACAUGCAGAGUCUGGCCGACCUGGUUGCGCUGGGGUUUGGUUGGACUGCUCCUCCCGUUCCUGUUGCUGCUCCUGCUUCUACUUCUGGUUCUGCUCCUGCUUCUACUCCUGCUCCUGCUCCUGCUCCUGCUUCUGCUCCUGGCGUUUCAAGCCUGCCAAGUGGUACACUAGUGCCGUCUGCGCUAGCCGUGGCUGAAACCGAGGGCCUGCUGCCGC